UUUAUAAAAUUUUCGAUGAUAAUUUUUCUGUUACGCAAAAUUGUUUACGUUUCUUUUUUAUUUGUAUUUUUUUCUUAAUUGUUUGUAUGGAUUUUGUUUUUGAUUGAAUUGAAUUGAUUGAUUAAAUUUUGUGUGACCGAUGAGUAGUGAUGAAAGUGAAGAUGCCGCCGCUCCUUCAACAUCAUCUAAACGGAAUUCAAAUAAUGCACUUAAUAAUAUUACAAACAUACAAGAACCGCCACAAAACAAUCACAAUACUUAUGAACCUAUGCAAUCACCAAAUCCACAACUACCACUAUCACCACUGCCAACAUCACAACCUCCACUACCUACACAGCCACCACCUCCACCAUACAAUCAUCAUCCGAUAUACAACAAUAUAACGAUGAAGCCAUAGUUUCAUUAGAUGUCGUUGAUGAUAGAAGCAAAGAAAGUAUUGCGGAUCGUAAUAGUAAAAUUAUGCGCGGG